AUGCCUUCUGUCUAUCCGGGUAGUCUGACACCGCCGAUUUUGUCUGCCCCUGGCGCGUCUUUAACUGGGUCACAAGCACCUCCACUAUUCUCUUCAGCGGCUCCGACUAGUACUAGUAACUCUGCUGCCAUUGCGAUUUCCUGCCAGCCAUCUACAUUGGUCUUGCAUCCUUGCACCAGCGUCACUCUCUCCAGGCCUUCUGGGUCUACUCUUGAAGUAAACCAGUCUACAGAACACGAUCCUAUACCCCCUGCCGGCAGCAGCCGAGGCAAUAGGGCAAUUGCAUCUGUUGCUCAAUCGACAACCUCAGCCACUGGCUCCCACGCAAUUAUCCUUUCGGCCAAUCCCCUUUCCUCUUACACACCUAGGCGUACUCUGGCGCAUCCAAACUCCGUCAGCAGUCCCUGUACCCCUACGAUCGGGACGGCUACUGUUGUCGCACUCUGGUCCAGGCCUCUCGGCCUUGCUGUAAACUCCAGUCCUGCAGUGGUCGCUCACAAGCACACCUCGCCUUCACAGUCUCUGUCUCCAUCACCUCCAUCGCUUUUGUCUGCCGCCGACUCGCCUAUGUCUGUAAUCGCCGGAACCUCAGCCAUUGUAACUACUUCUGCCUCAGGGUCAACUUCGACCAGUGGAAUCGCUGGCAAGUCAACUUCUGCCACAGCUCCGUGUGAGGGUUUCAAUUCUUCUCCAAUUGUCCUGACUCCUGUGGCCCCAUUUGGAAAGCGCUCUCGGGCGACUUAG